UACGGCGCGCGCGUCUGUUUGAACUUUUUUUUGAUGCAGCGACACAACGCACACCAACGUGCUCAGGAACCGGUCCAGAACAGAUAUUCAGGGGUAAGAGGCGUUCAUCUUUGGGCCGGCCGACUUUACUGCGUCCUCGUCUCGUCCAGCAAGGAUCUCCGUUCGUUCCGAUAGGCUCGGUUUGUGAUUUUGUGAUCUCUUUUUGGUGUGUUUCUCGUACGAGUGAUAAGUGCAAAACAGACACAGUAAACAACAUCAGCGCAGCGCACAUUUCGAGAUUACACAGCGCGACCGUCGUCCAGUCACACCCUCUUCGUUGAACCGUAAUCACUUCAACGUGGCCGUAACUCCCAAAUAAUCGUCCCAGCGGCAACGACGACGAGGAAACCACAGAGCGAUGGCACAGAGGACAGCAGCGGCGUUGCGUCGAGUGUUUGUGUACGGGACGUUGAAGCGCGGGGAACCGAACCAUCAUCUGCUGGCGGAGGCCGACAACGGGUACGCCAAGUUCAUCUGCAAGGGUUCGACGAACCGCCGGUUCCCGCUCGUCAUUGCCACCCGGUACAACAUCCCGUUCCUGCUGGACAAACCGGGCGCCGGUAGUUACGUAACGGGAGAAAUCUACGAGCUGGACGAACCGCUGUUCCAGCAGCUGGACGUGCUGGAGGACUACCGCAAGCUGUACGAUCGCCAGAUUGAGGACAUUAACGUGGGCAUCGAGGGUGGCAAUGUGCCGUGCUGGCUGUACCUGCUGCGCAACCCUCCGGACAGCCUGCUGAAGCUGCCAAUGCUGACCGAGUACAAAAACUCCCUCGAGAUCCCGUACUCGCGACGACCACCGGGAAAGGUGGACAUCUUCGAGGAGCUACAGAAGGAAGCGUCCGCUUUGUGAAACCGGGUAGGGUGCGGGGGAUUUUAAGGGGAUGCAGGGGGAGGGGGGGGGGGAUGUGUGAAUUUUGGAGAAUAGGGAACAAAACACCUCAACUAACCGUCGAGUCAAUGCCAUGGGUUGUACUUAGCUUUACGUUCUAGGACAACAAGAAAUCAAAUACAAUCACAGUUUACAUUUCAACUGAAAA